AUGCCAGAACCAAACAGCAUGAUUAGUGGCACUCAGGGAGUGGCCACUGCCUCCUCAGAUGCUCGAAAGGCCAGGAAACUUGCCUUAGCUGAAGGCUACAUGGGCAGGAACCCUUGCGGGAUGCAGGGUCCUGAGAUGGCCACUCGACCACUCCUUGCUCAGAAAGUCAAAGUUAACCUGGGAUCCACUGUCCUGAACCCGGCAGAGCAUCCGCAUUCUGAUCUGAGAGGCUUCUUGAAGCCUGUGGCUGGGCCACCCUCGAUCAAAAUCUGGGGCUCAGUCCAUAGGCUUGGUGAGGCCCAGACUGCUGCAGACAUCCAGGCUGAGAUCGCAACCCUUAAGCGGAAGCUGGCAGAAGCCGAAGCUGCAGUAGCAGACCAUGAGGCUACCAAACAUCGAUCAACUUCUGUGGCUCUGGGGCCACACCCCUUAUUUUCUGCUGAGCCUCAUGCUUCCGGCGUGUCCUGUGGCCACGUGGUGUUCACUAGUAAUGCACGAACCUCUGUGCUUCAUCCGGCUUCUCAGAUAGAGCCUGGCAGCUAUCUAGAAGCUGCAUUUAAGCAACUGACUGGUGGUGGGGAUGAGCCACCCGGUGACUCCCCACCCUCUAGUGAUUCCUCUUCAGACUCUUCGAGUUCAGAUGAUGAAUCCAGUGAUAGUACAUCAUCUGGGAAUGGUAGACAGGGUGCUAGAAGGCAUCAUCAUGCUAAGAAGAAGAACUCUAGGGUUCCUGUGUUGAAACCUAGAGAACCUUCAACUUACGAUGGAAAAUUCGAUGUACAGGAAUUUCACAAGUUCAUGAGAGAGAUGACUGAGUAUAUUGAUGAGACACUCUUUCUUAUGGCUGGUGUCUCGUUGAAUCAAGAGUGCAUAGACAAGCUCUGGACUGGGCUAAAUGCUUAUAUUCAGAAGGGCCUCUGGCUACAAAAGCUAAUGCCAAUGCACUCUAGUUGGGAGGAUGUUCGCAAAAAUGCAGAAACACUCGAAAUUGCAGAACAUGUAGGCUCUCCUCAGAAACCUCAGGGUUUGAAGGGGGAUGGAGUCCCUCCCCCACAAGGCCCACCUGGAGGACCUAAGCCAGAUGCUAACGGAAAGGUCAAACCUUUCAAUAAGUGA